GUAGCGUUGUAUUGUAAACACAGUGUGUUCCUCAGUAGGCUAUAACUCCAACACGUAAAAAGUGAAACCCUGCAAAACCAAAAGGGAAUUCUAGUUUGAUAGUGUGGAGUUGAAAGAAGACUGGCGCACACAAUAUAUUUCACAUCGUUGACCAGAUAUGCUUUAUGAAUAUGCACGUGCAAAUCCGACUAUAAGAUUCGCGUGCGACGUCAGAGAAAUGCCUGCGAUCAAGUAGAUGGACAGCGCGCGGCGCUCCGCACGUGAGACCGGACAGCUGACAGGUGACGAUCAAGCGCAACUUUCCGGGGCUGCAUUCUCGGCUGCUCAGGUCUGUUCUGGGAUCAGUGCUUAUUUCCGCUUCCCCUCUUCCGCGGCAGCUGUGUGGAGGUAACACUGAUCCCAGGAGCGAGCAGACCUCCGUGCCGUUGAUGUGUUCUCCCGGAAGCCCCUCAUUGGUCCAGCCCGGCUCCCUCCCCGCGCACUGAAGGUCAUGAGCUCCGAGCGAGGGACCGCGGCCGAGCUGGACCCCGAGCACCACGCCGAGCUGGAGGACAUGGUGUCGGCCAUGACGGUGUCAGGCGACAGGGGGAGCCAGCUCAACGGCCGCAAGGCCAACGGGGUGAAGAACGGGACGUCCCAGCGGCUCCGCCUCACCGACAGGAAGCUGUCCCUGCAGGAGCGCGGGACCUACCAGGGAGCCGGCGGAGCCGUCACCGCCAGAGUGGCCCGCAGGCCCACCAUCGAGUCCAAACGCGUGUCCAUCUCCGACGCCCAGGACUGUAUCCAGCUGAACCAAUACAAACUGAAGAGUGAAAUCGGAAAGGGUUCAUACGGGGUGGUGAAACUGGCUUACAAUGAAGACGACGACAAGUAUUACGCCAUGAAAGUAGUUUCCAAGAAGAGGAUGAUGAAGCAGUAUGGCUUCCCACGUCGGCCCCCACCCAGAGGAUCCCAGCUGAACCAGGGGGACCAAUCAAAGGUCAUGGGUCCUCUGGACAGGGUCUACCAAGAGAUCGCCAUCCUCAAGAAACUGGACCACCUGAACAUCGUUAAACUGGUGGAGGUUCUCGAUGAUCCUGCUGACGAAAACCUUCAUAUGGCGUUUGAGUUAAUGCAGAAAGGCCCGGUGAUGGAGGUGCCCACUGACAACCCCUUCACUGAGGAGCAGGCCCGCUUCUACUUCAGGGACAUCGUGCUGGGCAUCGAAUACUUGCACUAUCAGAAGAUCAUCCAUCGCGACAUCAAACCCUCGAACCUGCUCCUGGGUGACGAUGGCCAUGUCAAGAUAGCGGACUUUGGGGUCAGUAACGUGUUCGAGGGGAACGAUGCGCUCCUGUCCAGCACGGCUGGGACGCCUGCCUUCAUGGCCCCUGAGACCCUGUCUGACGAUUGCCAGAAUUUCAGUGGGAAGGCUCUGGAUGUAUGGGCGAUGGGAGUCACCCUGUACUGUUUCGUGUUUGGGAAGUGCCCUUUCAUAGACGAGUACAUCCUGGCCCUGCACAAUAAGAUCAGGAGCAAGCCCGUGGAGUUCCCUGAGACACCAGCCAUCAGUGAAGGCCUGAAGGACCUCAUUCUGAGGAUGCUGGAGAAAGACCCAGAGCUGAGGAUCUCCAUACCUGAAAUCAAGGUACACCCGUGGGUGACCGAGGACGGCUCCAACCCCCUGCCUCUGGAGGAGGAGCACUGCACCGUGGUGGAGGUGACGGAGGAGGAGGUGCAGAAUUCGGUUAAGCUGGUCCCCAGCCUGUCUGCUGUGAUCCUGGUGAAGUCCAUGCUGAGGAAGCGCUCCUUUGGCAAUCCCUUCGAGUGUCCUGGCAAGACGGAGAGGUCCAUGUCUGCCCCAGGAAAUCUGCUUAUGGACACGUGGCUUUUCCGCUCCUCGCUGAGGAAGAGCAGCAGUGGAGAGGGGAGCAAGGAGGGGGAGCUGGAGGACCUGCAGGAAGACGAGCCCUCGUCCUGAAGGGAGCAGCGGCCCCCACCUUCAUGUUCCAGGCUCUGUCUCCUCUUACCCUGUCCCUCACCGACCCCUCAAGGUCACCCAUUACUCAACCUCACCUCUGGCCCUGUUUCUCCAGAGGAGAGCUUUUUGUCCAGAGAAACAGUGAAUAUUCCACUGAAGUGGUUUGCUUAUGUAUGGAGAAUGAUGGUAAUUAUUAUGGUAUUUUGCAUGCUGGUGUUGGUCUCUCCACCUGCUACUGUACAUGUCCCACUUUUUGCAGCCUUAUUCUUGGCACACUAAAUCCAGCAAUCUUAUCUUCCCCAAAUUUCAUUGGCUAAAAAUGCCUCUCCCCCUCCAUCUCAGCCUCUGUAUGGUGAGCUCUCUGGUUUGAAAAUGGCGGCCGUUCCUCACCCAGGUGAGUGUUUGACAUUGGUGGCGGUGGAGGUGUGUCUGCGCCCAUCACUGCAAAGGACUUUGAAAGCUUCUCGUUAAGGAUUACACGCACUAUAUAAAUGCAUUCUGCAUCAUUAGCAUUAUUCAGGUCUGGAAUGUAACGCACCCAGAUUCAGAAGGUUAAUUGUUGUUAAAGAAUAUUGCAGACAUAUUCCAGAAUAUCUCAGAGUAUUCCAAUUCUUUGUUGUUGUUAAAGAAUAUUCCACUCUGGAGUGGAUCUGAUACUGAAAACUGGAGCCUGUGCAAAACAAAUGCCGCAUUUCUGAAGGCCAGAUGACCUAAUGCAACCUGAAGAUGGGUCCUACCUGACAAGUAGUUGCAAUUUAGAUAUCCCCACUGAAUUAGAGACGGCACAGGAGGGGAUUUCAGCAAGGGUUAAGGGGAAAACAGCUGGCCAAAGUGUCAUGGCUGAGGGGAAAUAUUUCACUAUUAUGGAGUCCAUGCACUGGGGAUUAAUUACUUGGAUGGAUGUGCAUGUGUUAAAAUCUAUUAUCAUAAACUUUAUGUGCAGAAAGACUGUAUAAAUGAGAAACUGGUUGCUGCUUGAUUGAUUUGUCUGUCUCUGAAAGCCAUGGCUUUUCUGAGAACAGAAGGCUGUCUGCUGUUUAAAUGUGAUAGCGCUUCAAUCAAAACACAAUCAAACGGAAGAGUGAUCAGAGUGCUGUCACUUGCGUUGGAGCAGUGAUAUUGUUUGUCAGCAGAUUGAGGCCAGACCUCCAAAGAGAUUAUCAUCACAGCUAAUUGCCAGUGAUUGCAUACUGUGCCAAAAAAUUGAAAGCAUGCAGACAGAAAAAGCAUGUACAUCUUUAUAGUAUGAGGAGUUAGAAGUGGAGCUGUUGAAAUUUUGUAAUUGAGCUGAAUGAAAAAGGUCAUUUGGACUGUGUUUCCUGUGACCUGGAUAAAGGAUAUCUUUGAUGCAUGUUCUUUAUCUUGUCCUGCCAGUCUAAAAUGGAAAGUCAUAAGAUUCUGUUUUUGUUUGGGGUUUGGGUGGUGAGGGGGGGCUGUGGUGGUUUUUCACUAUGUACUGGUAAAUUACUAACUGUGGUAAUGAGUAAAACUUUGUAGUCAGUGGUAUAUUUCAUGCAUGAAAGGAACUGAAGAUGCAGUCUGAAACUUUAAUGGACAUGGACUCAAACACACACACACACACACACACACACACACACACACGCACACACACACACACCAUGAAAUUGGCAAUGUCCCAUACAGAAAAUUUUCAGGGUAUUUUCUAUUCUUACAUUACAUAAUACUUGGCAUCCAUAUGUGUAACCUAAUUUGGGUUAUUAAGACUGAAUGAUGUUCUGUGUAAAUGGAAAUUUAAAUACCUCUUUAUUUUAAACCCAAUACUCAAGACAGAAAGAGAAAACCUAAAUAUUUCAUUAACUAAGUAUGCUAAAAAGGUGAAACAUUUACUGGUGCCAUAAUUUUAUAUAUCCUGGCUAAAUGGUGGAAAAUGAUGGAAAAGACAAUGUUUCAGUUUUCCAUUUUCCUUGAAAAGGAAGAGAACAGUGUAUCAUUGUGCUGUUGAUGCUGCUGUUUGGCCCUAGACUAUUUUGGAAGCCUUGCUGGUUUAACCUCAUACUAAUGGGUGUGCUUCUUCUAAAGGUAAUGAUCAGGAUGGGGUUACUGAUGCCACAGCUCAAAAAUACAGUAUGCUCUGUUGUUUCCCAACAAAAAACACCAGAUGGUGUUUUCUCAUUUACUUGUCUCAUCUUUACAAGCAUCUGCUCACUGUUUCUUUUGGAGUGAACCCACAGAAAAAUCUCUGCUUCUCGUAUUCCCAUUCAUUUCACGAGCCCUUGAUCUGUAUGGAGAAGUGGUUGCUCAUGCCACAAAACAAACAUUGUGCUGGUCUGGAGACAUAGUGUGUCUAUGUAGGUAUGCUGUCUGCCUUCAGUGCAGGCCUGAAAACUGCACCCCCCUCCCCAAAUAUCUUUCAUAGCAGCACAAAGCACAUCACCUUGGAGUCUCGAAAUAGUGCCCUGUGUGACUUUACCAUUUAUCAGGA